AUGAACACCACCGACUCUGAAAUCAAGAGCCUUCUAGGCACCACAAUAUCUAUUCUGGAAAAAAACCAGGACCUGGGCAAGGAUAUUUCUGAUAUUGAGAAUCUGCCUGCAGUCUUCAGCAAAACGGCAAAAUAUGUUCCAUCAAUUCGAAAAGCUUUUGAGACGUGUAAGGAGAGCCUUGCUUCCACUCCUUUGGAGGAGAAUUACUUUGAAAGCUUGAAUUCCGCUUUGAAGGAUUGCAAGACAAAAAUUGCUCGGCUCCAUGAAAUCUUCAGCGAGGUGAUCAAGCAUUCCGAUCCAAAAGCACAGUACCGGACAGUCGCAAAAGAAGAUCGAUUGGAAUAUCUGAUGAAGGAAAUCUUGAAUCAUACGAUAAAAAUUCUGAAGAACCCGCCUUUUGAAGCCGUGUUAGGUGAACAGGUUCAAGGCCUGGAGCAAGCUUUGGGUAUAUUCAACGCGAUGGAACCCUGCCGAGUGGAAGGGAAAUCGUGGCAUUUCCACAACUUGGGAAAUGGUUCGAUGAAUGUGAACAAAGGUUCUGGAUCGCAGAACGUCAACGCCUCUUCCGGUAACAUGUUCACUGGUUCAAUCCAAAACGUCCACUUACCAAAAUAA